AUGGAAGAAACAGCUGAAUUCCUCCAAGAAGCAGAUCCAUAUUUUUCUUUUGGGGUGAUUGGAGACGUCCAAUACAGCCCUAAACCCAAUGGACUGAGUUCGUGGAGAGUCAUGAGAUACUUCCAGCAGAGUCUCCUCCACCUGCAGCAGGCCAUAGAAGAGUGGAACAGGGAAGACCCUUCACCUAAAUUUGUAUUGCAGCUUGGAGAUAUCAUAGAUACCUCCAACCGUAAAUUGGGUAGAUCGGUGGAGGCACUUGAGACAGUUCUGAAGGAAAUUGAACAAACAAGUAUUCCUUUUCAUCACAUCUGGGGGAACCACGAGCUCUAUAACUUUAAUCGGGAUUUCUUGAAACGGUCAAAGCUAAAUACAUCAUGGAUGCAUGAACAGCAGAACGUCCACAGUGAAAGGCACGAUGAAACCGGCAGUCAUCCGGACUACUAUGCAUAUCACUUCAGUCCUCACUCCAAAUUCCGCAUCAUUGUAGUGGACACCUAUGAUUUAAGCAUCUUUGGCAGAAAGAAGGACAGUCAGGGAUAUCAGGACUCUUUAGACUUUCUCGAAAAAGCUGAAGAAGGUGAACAGAAUGAUAAUUUUCAUGUAGGGUCCAAUAGACACCUGGUAGAAUUUAAUGGUGGACUCGGCUCUAAGCAGCUCUCUUGGUUGGAUGAGGUCCUCACAUAUUGUGACCAACAAAACGAGAGGGUCAUCAUUGCUGGUCACGUUCCUAUCCACCCUGAGGCCAAACGCACCCCUUGCCUGGCAUGGAACUACAAAGACAUCCUCCAAGUCAUCCAGUCAGUGUUUGGGUCACAUCAGAGUGUGGUGUGUUACUUUGCUGGACAUGAUCACAGUGGGGGGUAUCACCAGGACUCGCACGGUAUACAUCAUGUCACUAUGGAAGGGGUUAUUGAGUCCCCUCCUGACUCUAAUGCAUUUGGGACAGUGGAUAUAUAUGAAGACAGGAUGGUCCUACGGGGAAGAGGAAGAGUGAAGAACAGAGUCCUCAUCUAUCGGGAGAUGCACCCAUCCUUCUGCUGCUGCCUUCCCGGCCUUACAUGUGAGAAAAAUACAAACUUGAAAUGA